GUUUCCCACAAUGUUUCUAUAUAAAUUAGCCUGGCCGCACACACUCAGUAUCCAUCCUGUGACCAGGGCUCAUACAAGAACUGCUAAAUAUUGCGUGCCAAAAAAAGAAAAGAAAAGGAAGGAAGGAAGGAAGAAAAUUAACUACAAGUGGUUCUGGAGGGAAUGAUAAGGAGCAGAGUAGUAGUACAGACAAAGGAAAAUUGUGAUGCUUCGCCCCCUGCCCGCCUCCCUAUUUAUAGCCUAUAUAACCGGAAACUAAUUUCAGAAAGUUUUCACUAGGUGAAAAAUGAAAGCAGAGCAAACUUCCUGCUUGAUCUUUGUAAACAGAGUGAUUGGAUUCCAUUGCUUGAUUUAAAAGGAUAACAAGAACUUAGCUUGCCAUCCAAUUCUGUCUUAUUAUAAGACUCUCAUGAAUCCGUCACAAUACUUUAAAGUUUAUAGGCCGAGGUAGUUCUGGCUUGCUGAAUAGGCAUCCCAUCUCGGCCUCAUUCCUCCAGGAAACGCACCAUUUCUAAAAGGAAUUGCAUCAUCACGCAGACGUCUGAAGAAGAUCAGCUUUUGCUUGGCAUCCGAAAACAUCUGUUGGAGAGCGUUUCCUGAUGGCACAUCACUCGGGAACCCCCUUUCCUCUCGUAUAUGUGCCCUUCAACUUUUAAAAUUAAAAACAAACAAGGCAACAAAAGGGAAGUGAGCUUUCUUUGCUCUGGCAUCACUAAGAAGGGCUUGAAUUGAAUUUUUGCGAGCUUUCCAAGUGGAACCAUCAACUGAGCAGGGAUUCGCUUGGUGCUCUCUUGACUUCAUGUUCAAAUCAUUCGAACAUAAUUAGAGACACACUGUUCAAUACUUGAAGAGGCUCUGCUUAUGCUGGCCAUAACAACAGUUGCUAAGGCAAUUUUAAAGCAGACGAGUGGAAUAUACAUGAGACACAGUUUGGCUGGAAAAAGAAUCACUGUGAAGCACAUAAUUAAGCGGCAUUGAAAAAGUUUUUCUAAGAUCACAUCAAGUAGCGUAACUGCACUUGAGUGUGCAACCCUUUGAACUGCUUUGAAAAUCGUCACACAUUUCAAACUGUAUUUAUUGAAAAGUCUGGGCUGAGGCUUAUCCAUAUUUCUGGGUGAUAAGAGAGAGAGAAAGAAGAUGUGUGUAUCUGAAGCGAGAAGCACAGACCCAUGUCCUCCUCAGGAUUCAUAUCGAACAGAGAAUGGGGCAGUUAAUGGAAGCAGCAGAGAAAUUAAUGAAGCCAUCGAACAGGUGACCAUUAGAGAAUCUCCAUUGUGUGGGUUUCAGUAUUGUGAGAAACGUAGAGCACCUUUGUGGGCAGUUGUGAGCUUGAUAUGCAAUGCAGUUUUUCUCAUCAUGAUCGUCAUUUUAAGUGUGGUUUUAAUAUUAAAGAUGGGACCAGAAACACACCCAGCUUGUCAUGACCAGCCAGUAAACCCCUGUCCAGAUGACUGGGUUGGGUACCAAAGGAGAUGCUAUUACUUUGCUGAGGCUGAAAAAAACUGGACGUCUAGCAAAACUCAUUGUUCUUCCCUCAAUGCCUCUUUAGCUGUGGUUGACUCUCAAGAAGAAAUGAGUUUCAUGCUACGCUACAAAGGACCCACUGACCACUGGCUUGGUCUCCGAAAGCAUUAUCCAGAUAAGCCCUGGAGAUGGGUCAACGGUACCAUUUUUGAUGAACGGUUCCAAAUUCGUGGAGGUGGAAGCUGUGCAUAUUUGGACUCCGAUGGUAUCGCAGGCUCCAGCUGCAAAAGAAAUGAAAGAUGCAUCUGCAGCAGAACAGCCGAGAGAGAGAAGGGACUGCUUUGAAUCCCUGAUUCUUCCACUGUAUACUCACAAAGGUACUCAAAAAGCCUUUCUUCUCUCAGCAGCCGUCCCCAAGUAGUAGGAAAUCGAAAUCAGAGGAGGAAAAGCAAGAAAUUGAUGAAAAGAAAGACCCUUAAUGGAAGAUGAUGACUGUUUUUAAAGGCUUUAGGCUGCCUUUGGGUUCUCCUGCUCUUCACAUGAAACAAGAGGAGU